CUGCGGGCACACUAUUCUGGAAAGUGUUUUCGUAAAAGUAUGAAAAACUUUAAAUGUGAGCCAUGCCCAGGUAUUCCCGGAGGACAGAGCUUGACUGGGACAUCCUGCUCUUGGGAAAACUCAAGCUUCGGAUCCGAUGAUGCUGCUUCCCAAGAUCUGAGAGCACACUGUGGAGUCGCCGUACGCAGUCAGAAUUCCCACAGGUCUCGAGGCAAAGCAUGGAUGCAAUCAUGCCCCAGUCGAGAUCCCCAAAUAGAACCCUCCAUGGGCAUCCGAAGCGAAAAGAUUCGAGUCAUGGGCGCCAAGCGGUUCAACGUGUCAGAUGCCUUUCAGUCCAUUUCGACUUGGAAGUAUACCGAGUUGAUCCAGGAUAACCUGACAAUGGCUCUGGUGGACGAGCUCCACGAUGACGGUUGCCUGCUCCGCGAAAGAUGGGACGAGAUCGAGGCCAGGUUGGCGGAUAUGGUGCCAAACGUCUCCAGUCGUGCCACAGGGCCCAAACCCGUCGUUCGAUUGGUCUUACGUUAUCCGAGGCCACCGAGUGAUCAGGUGCGACGACGGUUACUCAAAGAUCUUCCUGGAGGAUUGUGUAGCCAAAAUUAGAAAAGCAUGGCACGGCCUACCCAUCAGGCUUGUCCACGCUAGCGAGAUACCUUGUGAGGCCGCCCUGGCAGCAGGGCAGGAUCAACGGAUUACCUCAUCUACCGAGGAUAUGGAGCAGACGGAGAAAAACUCUUUCGGUUGGAUAGUACCGGCGGGGAGCUCAGCUCUCAGACACUGCGAUCCAGAAAAUAAAGGAACUCGAUCUCACUAAGCGGAAGCGAAAUCGGCAGAAGUUUCUGGUUCCUGAUGGCUUGAAAACCUGGAGAGUGACCCUGUGUGGAGGUGGUGGAAUACGCAUUGGCCACUACACUCGGCCUGCGGUUAGAAAGGAACAGCCAGAGGAAACAGAGGAGGAUCAUUUGAAGCAAAGCCACCAGAUGGAGAAAGGAACCAGAUAGAGGAAGCUCAGCAGAUUAUAGAGGAGGAUCGGACGUUUAUUUCAGAUAAUACGGAUGGGAUGAGCCAGGAAGAUAAGAUUCCACAGGCGAAGGAGACGGAGGUAAACGCUUUUGGCUGGAUAGUACCUCGAGGAGCUCAGUUCUCAGACACUGCGAUCCAGAAAAUAAAGGAAUUCGAUCUCACUAAGCGGAAGGGAAAUCGGCCGAAGUUUCUGGUUCCUGAUGGCUUGAAAACCUGGAGAGUGACCCUGUGUGGAGCUGGUGGAAUACGCAUUAGCCAGUACACUCGACCUGCGGUUAGAAAGGAACAGUCAGAGGAAACAGAGGAGAAUCAUUUGAAGCAAAGCCACCUUAUAUACGAAAAGAACCAGAUAGAGGAGGCUCAGCAGAUUAUAGAGGAGGAUCAGACAUUUUUUUCAGAAAUUACAAAUGGGAAGAACCAGGAGGAAAAGAUUCCACAGGCGACGGAGACGGAGGUAAACGCUUUUGGCUGGAUAGUACCUCAAGGAGCUCAGUUCUCAGACACUGCGAUAGAGAAAAUAAAGGAAUUCGAUCGCACUAAGCGGAAGGGAAAUCGGCCGAAGUUUCUGGUUUUUGAUGGCUUGAAAACCUGGAGAGUGGCCCUGUGUGGAGGGUGGAAUACGCAUUGGCCAGUACACUCGCUCUGCUGUUAGAAAGAAAAGUCAGAGGAAACAGAGGAGGAUCGUUUGAAGCAAAGCCACCAGAUGGACGAAAAGAACCAGAUAGAGGAGGCUCAGCCGAUUAUAGAGGAGGAUCAGACGUUUGUUUCAGAAAUUACGGAUGGGAAGAACCAGGAGGAAAAGAUUCCACAGGCGACGGAGACGGAGGUUAACGCUUUUGGCUGGAUAGUACCUCGAGGAGCUCAGUUCUCAGACACUGCGAUAGAGAAAAUAAAGGAAUUAGAUCUCACUAAGCGGAAGGGAAAUAGGCCGAAGUUUCUGGUUCCUGAUGGCUUGAAAACCUGGGAGAGUGGCCCUGUGUGGAGGUGGUGGAAUACGCAUUGGCCAGUACACUCGCUCUGCUGCUAGAAAG